GCAUAAGUUCAUUGACCAAGUUCUUUGCUGCGUUCCCUUUAAGAACUUUGGGUGGAGGCUGUACGUUAAAGCUCAAUGAUGGCGAGUCGUUUCACUCAAAGCCGAGUAAACAAGAGAAUUUUGGCUGAAAAUUUGAGGGCUCAAGUGUAGACGCGUCAUGGUGAAGAAUGUUCCGGAAAGUAAAGAAGCGUCACAGCAGCAGCAGCUCCCAGAGCAGUGAGAUCAGCACCAAGAGCAAAUCUGUGGAGUCCAGUCUAGGAGGGCUGUCCAGGUCCAGCACUGUUGCCAGCCUCGACACAGAUUCAGCCAAGAGCUCAGGGAACAGCUCUGAGGCAUGUGCAGAGUUCAGGGUGAAGUAUGUGGGAGCCUUAGAGAAGAUGCAGUUUGAUGUGAGCAGGACUCUUCAGGAACCACUGGACCUCAUCAACUACAUUGACACAGCCCAGCAAGAUGGAAAGCUGCCUUUUGUGCCUGUGGAGGAGGAGAUAAUUCUAGUUGUGUCCAAGCAUGGAGUCAAAGUGGCCUCAAUUGACCAGUGUGAUGUCUUGCAUCGUCACCCCUUGUACCUAAUUGUCCGAAUGUUGUGUUACGAUGAUGGCCUCGGCGCAGGAAAGAAUCUUCUAGCUCUCAAAACCACAGAUUUGAACCAAGAAGUGUGCAGCAUCUGGGUGUACCAGUGCCACAGCUCGGAGCAGGCUCAGGCCAUCUGUAAGGUACUGUCAACAGCAUUCGACUGUGCUCUGGCAUCCGAGAAGUCCUGACCAGCAAGUAGAACUCCAAACAACUAGUGCCUUUGCUUUUGAAAUAUGCAAGAUUCUCCUAUAUGAAUAAUAUUUUUGUACCUCAAAAUGUACUGUAUAUUUAUAAAUUAUAUUCAUGCAUUUGGUACAAAAACACAUGCACAGGCAUAAAUGUGAGUUAUUUGCUACAAUGUUGUAAUGUCUCCAUUGGUACACAAGGCUAAACCCUCAUACUUUUGUUUUCAUAAACAUUUUUCAUUAUAGUUUGUUCUUUUAUUGGAAAUUAACAGACUAUUUUAAGUUUUUACUUUUACCUGAAAUGGAUACCAAGCCACAAAAAGGCCAUGCCUCCUUUAUGUGGUACCUUUAGUUUUUAAUCUUUAUGUGCUUAAGUUAAUGUGCAAUAUCUGUAUAAUGCCUGUUUUAGCAUUUUUUAAAAUCAUAAUCAUUUUUAACCCACAAUGUUUUGGGGGUUUAUUUCAUACUUUCAAACUUAGGUGGUACGUAAUUUACUUUACGUACAUGGUACUUGCAACUUUACUUCUUAAUCUAAGUAAGUCUUUUCUUUAAUAUACGUUUUGUUCAUGUAUGUGGUACAGUGAUUUUGUACAUGCUCAUUAAAAUUACAUUGCCACC